AUGAGCGCGCCGCCAAAACCCUCCGGCUCCUCAGCAAGGGGCCUCGAGCCCGGCCAUGCCGCCGACGCCCGCCCGCGAGGCCCUGAAGCAAGCGGCGAGCUGGAUCUGCUGGCCGGGCUCUGGCAGGUCGCGCCGUUUGCUCGUCUCCCGGCCGAUGCGCCGCCCGAGCUGAGCGCCUACGUCCAGGAUGUCGAGAAUCCCCGUCGCGUCUAUGCCAUCCACCGAGCCAGCCGCCGCCACGACUUCCAGCACCUCGUCGACAAGUACAUCUAUCAGUUGAGAUGUGGUUGUGGUGCGCCGAAUUGCUCCACGGCUACUUGCUUCACCUGCCGCAAGCGCCUCGCUGGCAAGGCGCCUAUCCGCAGAUACAAUCCGACAAGCGCGAGAACGCUGGCCGUCUAUCUUGCCAGCCAGGAUAACCCGGAAUCCGGCCUUUGUCCCUACCUCGGCUCCCCUCGAGAGGUUCCCCCCGCGACCAACAGCCUGAUCUUUUCCACUCGGCCUUCGCCUACUCAGCACGGCACCCGCAAACCCUCGGAUAUCCAGACCUCGUCCCGGCGUAAACCAAGCUUGGGGUGUGCUGCCAAGGCUCCUCCUUCUCCUACAGCAACAACGAGAUCCCGCUCGCCUUCCCUGGAUAAGCAGCGCUUGGGUAGCCAACCCGGCGAAUCCAAGGAUGAUGACGCCACCUCGCGGCCUGGUCAGAUACCUGCAUCCCAAAUCAGCGUCACCGAAAAGGCAGUGCAGAAGGAUUACAGGUCGUUUGCCGUGGCUACCUUCGGCACCGUCGCAUUCAAGAUGCUGGAAUGGCUUACACCGCAGUCGAUUGAAGCCAUGACCGACAAAAUCUCUGAGCUGAGUGGUGUUCGGCAGAUGAGUAACAAUACUGCUGCUGCUCCUCCUACUGCCGGUCCGACAAACACUCAACAGGCUCCAGAUUCCCAAAAUGAUUAUACCCACGCACGUCAGCCUGCUCCUCUACCAGCUGCGCAGCCUACACGCAAUAAGGCUCCGAAACCAACAAGGACCUCGAGUCAAGACUUGGCCGGACCGCCAACGCCCAUGAAAGACGUGUCCUCCAAACCCAAGAGGAACUCCAAGACGACCCUCCGCUCCUCUCCUUCGAAGUCUAACAGGAGGACCAUGGAUCCCAUGGCCAUUUCAGCAGGAACCGAAGAGGCCAAGCCGACGUCGCGGCCACCCAGCUUAAACGGCUUCUACCCCGACAAGUUGGCUCGCGCCGGCAAGACCUCACCCGCCAUCAUCACUCGUGGCGUGCCUGAAAUUCCAUCCAAACCGGCGUUCUUCGAGAACUUAUCCCCUCCAACCCCUACCACCACCACCGCCGAGGUGGAAGAUGUCGAAUCAGGGUCCUCGGAUACAGAAACCAUCGAUGAAAACGAAACGCCGAGUAGCACUCCUCCGACCACGAGAAAGGAGCACGUCGACCCCCAUUCCAAGCCGAGGCCCGUAUCACCACUACCCGAGGCAGACUUCUCAUCGGCCAAGUUACUACUGCCCCAGUCCUUGUCCGCCCUGAAUGUCGAGCUUGUCGAGUUCAUAUGCGAUGUGUUCCAAGAAGACCAGACCUACGAGAGCCACUUCUUCGGACCUUUGGAAUCUCAUGCCUCGUAUCCCAAACCACAGAAUGUGUCGAAAAAGCUGGUUAGGCGGCGGUCGACGUCCCGUGCCACGUCUCCCAGUCAGUGGAAAGCUUUCAACGAACAGGCUCUCUUCACCGUGCUGAGCGACCCUCACUCUCUUGUCCGGUCCUUUUCCCGGGAUGGCAAACUGUACGACUCACAGACGCUCUUCUACUGCAUGCUCCGAAUGACGCGAGCGGCGCCGACCCUGGUUCUCCACAGCCUCUGGAUGGCGGCAGAGUCCUUGUUCACAGCGCCAAAGUCACUUCAAGCCUCGCAGUCCCGUUCCGCAAGGGCGCUGCUGAAGAGCCGGAAGCCGCUGUCUGACUUUGAAGCCGGCUGCGUCGUGUCGGUCUGUCUGCAUGCCCUCGUUGCUGUGGCUCCCUUUGUCUCAGACUCCAAAGUUCUGUACGACAUGUCGCGCAUACGAUCCACGGGAUUGGCUCUAGGGGGUAACGGUCUCUCCACGAGACAGCCGCAGGCGAUAUGCCUCGAGUAUGAGGAUGUCUUCUCGAACCCUAUCGCCAUCAGGCUGGCCCGCCGCGUGUUCUCUGCCGUGUCUGCUCGUCGAUCCCUGGCCACGCUGAUGCGCAUGGAUGGUAAGAACAAGGCCGGCCAGAUGGACAUUCUUCAGCCUUUGCUCAGUCAGCUCGACCUUGUGCACUCAGGGCCCAUCCGAGUGUUGGAGUUUCCGACAGCCGAACGCCUGCUGCACGAAACCCGCGUCCCUACCCUCCUGCUCGACUGGGCGAGGACGGUUCUCUACCACGAAUGGGAUGGACGCCCCGAGAUCCUGUGCGCCGGUGCUUUCCACGGGGCAUUGUCUCUGAUCUCCACCAUGUACCAAAACCGAUCCAGGCUUCUCCUGGGAGACAUUCAGUUCCGCGCAGACUAUUUCUCGGAGCGCUUGGACACGAUGGAGAUGCCAGUGUCAUGGGCGGAAUCAGGCUCUCCGCGGAACAAAGGGCACAUGCUCGACUACCCAUAUCUCUUCAGCCCGGAGUGCCUCGUCACAUUCUUCCGAUCUAUCAACUUUGCAAAGAUGAGCCGCAUGUUUGAGGAAAGCAGCUCCCUCAAGACCAGAAUGAGCGCCAUUGUCGAUCCGGGCAGCCUGGUAGCCAAUCCCCACCACAAGAUUGUGCUGCAGGACAUGCUGAAAGUAGCAUCAUCCAAGUAUUUGAUCCUGGACAUUGGCCGAGACAAUGUGCUGCGAGAUGCCUUUGACCAGCUGUGGAGGCGGGAGCGACGCGAGCUGCUGCGCCCCCUCAAGGUUCAUCUGGGCGAGCAGAGCGGAGAGGAAGGCUUUGAUUCGGGCGGUGUGCAGCAGGAGUUCUUCCGCGUGGCCAUUGCCGAGGCCCUGGAUCCCAAGUACGGCGCCUUUACGAUCGACGAACGGACGCGCAUGGCGUGGUUCGUGCCCGGCUCCGUCGUCGAGGAGUGGAAGUUUGAGCUGAUUGGCGUCAUCGUGUCGCUGGCAGUGUACAACGGCCUCACGCUCCCCGUCACGUUCCCCAAGGCGCUGUACCGGAAACUGCUGGGCGAGCCGGUGGAGGAGCUCUACCACAUUGCAGACGGGUGGCCUGCGCUGGCCAGCGGGCUGAUGAGCCUGCUGGAGUGGGACGAAAAGGACGGCGCAGUCGAGGACGUCUUUGCGCGCACGUACGAGUUCUCCGUGGCUAACAUUGGGGGCAACGUGACGCGGGAAAUGACCAAGGACAUGGCACAGUGGCCGCAGAACCUCGACUGGAAGAUGCGCAUUACGGUGCCCGAGGAAUCGGUCGGCGACCAGGAGGCACCGCUCGUGACCAACGAGAACCGCGACCAGUAUGUCAGCGACUACAUCCGCUACCUGACGGACGUGUCGGUGCGGCCGCAGUACGAGGCUUUUGAGCGCGGCUUCCAUGCCUGCCUCGAUCACAAGUCACUGUCGCUGCUGAGCCCGCAGAUACUGCAGUCGCUCGUGGAAGGCGUCCAGGAGAUUGACAUCUCGGAGCUUCGGCGGUAUACCCGCUACGUGGGCUGGGAUGCUUCUCACCACACCGUCAGGGACUUUUGGUCCGUUGUCAAGCGGUACGACGACAGGAUGAAGCGGAAGCUCCUGGAGUUUGUCACGGCUUCCGACCGCGUCCCUGUCGGCGGCAUGCGCAACCUGCAGUUUGUCGUGCAGCGCAACGGCGACGGCGAAGAGGGCGGGAACCGGCUGCCCACGGCGUAUACGUGCUACGGGACCUUGCUGCUACCGGAUUACAGAGACAAAGAGAUGCUGAGGCAGCGGCUGAACAUGGCUCUGGAAAAUGCUCAGGGAUUUGGCUUUGCGUAA